UAGUGUGACGGACCGAGACUGGACGGGUGUCGUGUAUGGUGGGGGUGGGGGGGCUGGUGACGCAGGAAAAACACCCGAAACGAGCAGACGAGCCCGUGAAGGCGGAGAACUCCCGCGAAACACGGUCGAGCCGGCUGUCGGUAAUGCGAUGGUCUCUGUGGCCCAGGCUGAGCUCCAGGUGGUUCGAUCUCACUCCCUAAGCUGCCACAAACACCCCGCUGCCGCCCGGGAAGUAGAUUCUCGCCAGGCUCCCUCCACAUAAACAGACAAGAUUGCAAAGAUCUGCCCCUCAUCGAGCAUGACGGCCACCACCCGCGGCUCGCCCGUGGGGGGCAACGAGAGCCAGAGCCAAGCGCCGGACGGCCAGAACCAGACCCUGCUGCCCCAGACCCAGACGCCCUCAACAAACUCCUCCAAUGAGACAUCACCCAUCAGUCCGCCAGAGGAAGUGGGGCAGGGAGAAGCCCCGCCCACACAGGAAGAGGAGGAGCCAGCCUUCCCCCACACAGACCUGGCCAAGCUGGACGACAUGAUCAACCGGCCGCGCUGGGUGGUUCCAGUCCUGCCCAAAGGAGAGCUGGAGGUUCUGCUGGAAGCUGCUAUAGAGCUCAGUAAAAAAGGGCUCGACGUGAGGUGUGAGGCGUGUCAGAGGUUUUUCCGCGAUGGCCUGACGAUCUCGUUCACCAAAAUCCUGACGGAUGAGGCUGUGAGUGGCUGGAAGUUUGAGAUCCACAGGUGCAUCAUCAAUAACACCCACCGUCUGAUCGAGCUCUGCGUGGUCAAGCUGGCUCAGGAUUGGUUCCCUCUGCUGGAACUGCUGGCCAUGGCGACUAACCCACACUGCAAGUUCCACAUUUACAACGGCACACGUCCAUCUGAGAGUGUCCCAGCGGGAGCGCAGCUGGCCGAUGAUGAGCUGUUCGCCCGGCCGCCCGACCCACGCUCUCCGAAGGGUUGGCUGGUGGACCUCAUCAAUAAGUUUGGGACGUUGAACGGGUUCCAGACUCUGCACGAUCGCUUCACGAGCGGCCAGGCUCUCAACGUGCAGAUCAUCGCAGCUCUCAUCAAACCGUUCGGCCAGUGCUACGAGUUCUUGACUUUGCACACGGUGAAGAAGUUUUUCUUGCCCGUAAUCGAGAUGGUCCCACAGUUUCUGGAGAACCUCACAGACGAGGAGCUGAAGAAGGAGGCCAAGAACGAGGCCAAGAACGAUGCUCUGUCCAUGAUCAUAAAGUCCUUGAAGAACCUGGCGUCUAGAGUUCCUGGUCAAGAGGAAACAGUCAAGAACCUGGAAAUCUUCAGGUUAAAAAUGAUUCUUCGGUUGUUGCAGAUUUCUUCAUUUAAUGGGAAAAUGAAUGCACUGAAUGAAGUGAACAAGGUGAUCUCGAGCGUGUCGUAUUACACGCACCGGCACGGAAACCCAGAGGAAGAGGAGUGGCUGACCGCCGAGAGAAUGGCUGAAUGGAUUCAGCAGAACAGUAUUCUGUCCAUCGUUCUGAGAGACAGUCUUCACCAGCCGCAGUACGUGGAGAAGCUGGAGAAGAUCCUGCGCUUCGUCAUCAAGGAGAAAGCUCUGACCCUGCAGGACCUGGACAACAUCUGGGCGGCUCAGGCCGGUAAACACGAAGCGAUAGUCAAGAACGUCCACGAUCUGUUGGCCAAGCUAGCGUGGGAUUUUUCCCCGGAGCAGCUGGAUCAUCUGUUCGACUGCUUCAAGGCCAGUUGGACGAACGCUGGUAAGAAGCAGCGGGAGAAGCUUCUGGAGUUGAUCCGCAGGCUGGCGGAGGACGAUAAGGACGGAGUGAUGGCUCACAAAGUGCUCAACCUGCUGUGGAACCUGGCACACAGUGAUGACGUCCCCGUCGACAUCAUGGACCAGGCUUUGAGCGCACACAUCAAGAUCCUGGACUACAGCUGCUCGCAGGACCGUGACACGCAGAAGAUGCAGUGGAUCGACCGCUUCAUCGAGGAGCUCCGCACGAAUGAGAAGUGGGUGAUUCCAGCUCUGAAGCAGAUCAGAGAGAUCUGCAGCUUGUUUGGAGAAGCUCCUCAGAACCUCAGUCAGACGCAGAGGAGUCCACACGUCUUCUACCGUCACGAUCUGAUCAACCAGCUCCAGCACAAUCACGCUCUGGUCACGCUGGUGGCCGAGAACCUGUCUGCGUACAUGGACAACAUGAGGCACUUCUCCAGAGAGCAUCCAGUGUUUGAUCCUCAGACGGUUCGAGCAGGAAGCCGGUACAGCCAUGUACAGGAAGUGCAAGAGAGGCUCAAUUUCCUGAGGUUUCUGCUGAAGGACGGUCAGCUGUGGCUCUGCGCUCCACAGGCCAAGCAGAUCUGGAAGUGUCUGGCGGAGAACGCCGUGUUCCUGUGCGACCGCGAGGCCUGCUUUAAGUGGUACUCCAAGCUCAUGGGUGAUGAGCCGGAUCUGGACCCCGACAUCAACAAGGACUUUUUUGAGAACAACGUGCUGCAGCUGGACCCCACGCUGCUCACGGAGAACGGCAUGAAGUGCUUCGAGCGCUUCUUCAAGGCUGUGAACUGCAGAGAGGGCAAGCUGGUGGCCAAACGCAGGGCCUACAUGAUGGAUGACCUGGAGCUGAUCGGCCUCGACUACCUCUGGAGGGUGGUGAUUCAAGGCAGUGAUGACAUCGCCACUCGAGCGAUAGACCUGCUGAAAGAAAUAUACACCAACCUCGGACCCAAACUACAGGUGAAUCAGGUGGAGAUCCAUGAGGACUUCAUCCAGUCGUGCUUCGACCGGCUCAAAGCCUCGUAUGACACUCUCUGUGUGCUGGACGGAGACAAGGACAGCAUUAACUGCGCCAGACAGGAGGCCAUACGCAUGGUGCGUGUCCUGACGGUGCUCCGAGAGUACAUCACCGAGUGUGACAGCGACUACCACGAGGAGAGGACCAUCCUGCCCAUGUCCAGGGCGUUCCGGGGGAAGCACAUCACUCUGGUGGUGAGGUUUCCCAAUCAGGGCCGUCAGGUGGACGACUUGGACAUCUGGUCCCACACCAACGACACCAUCGGCUCGGUCCGCCGCUGCAUCCUCGCUCGCAUCAAAGCCAACAGCACACACACCAAAGUGGAGCUGUUCAUCGGAGGAGAGCUGGUGGACCCCGCUGAUGACCGCCGGCUGAUUGGACAGCUCAACCUCAAAGAUAAAACCCUCAUCACAGCGAAGCUCACGCAGGUCAACUCCAACAUGCCCUCCAGCCCCGACAGCUCGUCCGACUCGUCCACCGGCUCGCCCCCAAACCACACCAACCACUACAGCGACGCCCCCAGCCCCGAGGUGGAGAGCUGCUUGCCUGGAGUGAUCAUGUCUCUGCACCUGCGCUACAUCUCCUUCCUGUGGCAGGUGGCUGAUCUGGGCUGCACCCUGAACAUGCCGUUACUGCGAGAUGGAGCUCGAGUGCUCAUGAAGCUCAUGCCUCCAGAUAACACUACAGUGGAGAACCUGCGGGCGAUCUGUUUGGAUCACGCUAAGCUGGGAGAGAACAGUCUGAGUCCCUCGCUGGAUUCACGCUUCUUUGGCCCGUCUGCUUCACAAGUGCUCUACCUCACCGAGGUGGUGUAUGCCCUGCUGAUGCCAGCCAGUGGGACGCUGGGAGACGACGCCAGUGACUUCCAGUACAACUUCCUGAAGAGCGGCGGUCUGCCUCUGGUUUUGGGCAUGCUCACAAGGAACAACUUCCUUCCCAAUGCGGACAUGGAGACGCGGCGCGGCGCUUACCUGAACGCUCUGAAGAUCUCUAAGCUCCUGCUCACUGCCAUCGGGUUCGGACAUGUGAAGGCCGUGGCAGAGGCCUGUCAGCCGCUGGUGGAGGGAACCAACCACGCGUCUCCAAUAAACCAGGCGACACAUGAGCAGGCUCUGGUGCUCCAGAACGCUCUCCAGAGUAUUCCCAAUCCUUCCUCCGAGUGCAUGCUGCGUAAUGUGUCCGUCCGACUGGCCCAGCAGAUCUCUGACGAGAACUUCUUCCAGGCCUCAAAGUACAUCCCAGAUAUCUGUGUGAUCCGCGCCGUACAGAAGAUCGUUUGGGCUUCCGGUUGUGGGAUGGUGCAUCUGGUGUUCAGCUCGAACGAAGAGAUCAGCCAGAUCUACCAGAAGACUAACGCGGGUAACGAGCCAGACGCUGAAGACGAGCAGGUGUGCUGUGAGGCGCUGGAGGUCAUGACCUUGUGUUUCGCUGUGCUCCCUACGGCCCUCGACACGCUCAGCAAAGAGAAAGUCUGGCAGACCUUCAUCAUCGACCUGCUGCUGCACUGCCAGAGCAAAGCUGUGCGUCAGAUGGCACAGGAGCAGUUCUUCCUCAUGGCCACCAGGUGUUGUAUGGGACACAGACCCCUCCUGUUCUUCAUCACCCUCCUCUUCACAGUUCUGGGAAGUACGGCGAAGGAAAGAGCGAAGCACGCUGGCGAUUACUUCACUCUCUUACGUCACUUACUUAACUACGCCUUCAACAGCAACAUCAACCUUCCCAACGCCGAGGUUCUGCUCAACAACGAGAUCGACUGGCUCAAGAGGAUCCGGGAUGAGGUGAAGAGGACCGGGGAGACGGGUGUGGAAGAGACCAUUCUAGAGGGUCAUCUGGGGGUCACCAAAGAGCUGCUGGCCUUUCAGACCCCGGAGAAAAAGUUCUACAUCGGCUGUGAGAAAGGAGGCGCUAAUCUGAUUAAGGAGCUGAUAGAUGACUUCAUCUUCCCGGCGUCUAACGUGUUUCUACAGUUCGUGAAGAGCGGCGAGUUCCCGGCAGAGCAGGCCACACCGGUGUGCAGCAGUCCUGCGUCUGUAAACGCUGGCUUCGAGCUGCUGGUGGCGCUCUCGGUCGGCUGCGUGCGGAACCUCAGACAGAUCGUCGACACGCUCACAGACAUGUACUAUCUAGGUUGCGAGGCUCUUACGGAGUGGGAGUAUCUGCCUCCGGUGGGGCCCCGGCCGACCAAAGGCUUCGUGGGUCUGAAGAACGCAGGAGCCACGUGCUACAUGAACUCCGUGAUCCAGCAGCUUUACAUGAUCCCACCCAUCCGCAACGGCGUCCUGGCCAUCGAAGGCACCGGAAGUGACAUCGACGACGACAUGUCCGGAGACGAAAAGCAGGACAACGAGAGUAAUGUGGACCCCAGGGAUGAUGUGUUCAGUUAUCAUCAGCAGUUUGAUGACAAGCCCUCUCUCAAUAAGGCCGAGGACCGUAAGGAGUACAACAUCGGAGUGCUGCGGCAUCUGCAGGUCAUCUUCGGUCACCUCGCCGCGUCCCGUCUGCAGUACUACGUGCCCAGAGGCUUCUGGAAACAGUUCAGGUUAUGGGGAGAACCGGUCAAUCUGAGAGAGCAGCACGACGCGCUGGAGUUCUUCAAUUCCCUGGUGGACAGUCUGGAUGAAGCACUGAAAGCCCUCGGACAUCCCAGCAUGCUCAGCAGGAUCUUGGGCGGCUCGUUUGCAGACCAGAAGAUCUGUCAGGGCUGUCCUCACAGGUAUGAGUGUGAGGAGUCCUUCACAACACUGAAUGUUGACAUCAGGAACCACCAAAACCUCCUCGACUCUUUAGAACAGUACGUCAAAGGGGAUCUUCUGGAAGGAGCCAAUGCGUACCACUGUGAGAAGUGCAACAAGAAGGUGGACACAGUGAAGCGUCUCCUCAUCAGGAAGCUCCCGCCGGUGCUGGCCAUCCAGCUGAAGCGCUUCGAUUACGACUGGGAGCGUGAGUGUGCCAUCAAGUUCAACGAUUACUUCGAGUUCCCUCGUGAGCUGGACAUGGAGCCCUACACGGUGGCAGGCGUGGCGAAGCUGGAGGGGGACGAGGUUCCUCCGGAGAGCCAGGUCAUCGCUGAGAGCUCGCCCGAGGAGUCGGAUCCGAACGACAGCUCACGCUUCCGGCUCGUGGGGGUGCUGGUGCACUCGGGCCAGGCCAGCGGAGGACAUUACUACUCUUACAUCAUGCAGCGGCACGGGAACAGCAGCGACGGACAGAAGGACCGCUGGUACAAGUUUGACGACGGUGACGUGACGGAGUGUAAGAUGGAGGAUGACGAGGAGAUGAAGAACCAGUGCUUCGGUGGAGAGUACAUGGGCGAGGUGUUUGACCACAUGAUGAAGCGCAUGUCGUACCGGCGGCAGAAGCGCUGGUGGAACGCCUACAUCCUGUUCUACGAGCGCAUGGACACAGCAGGGGGCGACAGAGAGCUGCUGAAGCACAUCUCCGAGCUGACCCUUGCACCCCCGACCAACCAGCCUAAAAUGCCCUUGACCAUCGAAGCCAGCGUUCGCAAACAGAACGUGCAGUUCAUGCACAGCCGCAUGCAGUACAGCCUCGAGUACUUUCAGUUCGUUAAGAAACUGCUGACCUGCAACAGCGUCUACCUGAACCCUCCUCCAGGUCAAGAUCAUCUUUUACCAGAAGCUGAAGAAAUAGCGAUGAUUAGUAUACAGCUUGCUGCUAGAUUUCUGUUUAGCACUGGAUUCCACACAAAGAAAGUUGUCCGAGGCCCAGCUAGUGACUGGUAUGAUGCUCUGUGUAUUCUGUUGCGUCACAGCAAGAACGUCCGCAGCUGGUUUGCACACAACGUCCUCUUUGCCUUCCCCACACGCUUCUCCGAAUACCUGCUGGAGUGUCCGAGUGCGGAGGUGCGUGGAGCUUUUGCCAAACUGAUGGUGUUCAUCGCACACUUCUCCCUGCAGGACGGACCCUGCCCUGCUCCGGUCACCUCGCCCAGCUCGUCCACACAGGCCUGUGACGGUGUGACCCUGAGUGACCACCUGCUACGAGCGGUGCUGAACUUACUGAGGAGAGAAGUGUCCGAACACGGACGGCACCUUCAGCAGUACUUCAACCUCUUCGUCAUGUACGCCAAUCUGGGUCUGGCAGAGAAGACACAGCUGCUGAAGCUGAGCGUUCCUGCCACGUUCAUGCUGGUGGCGCUGGACGAGGGUCCUGGUCCUCCCAUCAAGUACCAGUACGCAGAGCUCGGCAAACUCUACUCGGUGGUUUCACAGCUGGUGCGCUGCUGCGACGUGACGCCACGCAUGCAGUCCUCCAUCAACGGUAACCCACCGCUGACCAAUCCGUACGGUGACCCCAUCCUCACGGCUCCCAUCAUGCCCCUGCAGCAGCUGGUGGCUGAAAUCCUGUUUGUGCGCUCCAGCUACGUGAAGAAGAUCAUCGAGGACUGCAGCAGUUCUGAGGAGACGGUGAAGCUGCUGCGCUUCUGCUGCUGGGAGAACCCACAGUUCUCCUCCACGGUCCUCAGCGAGCUGCUGUGGCAGGUGGCGUAUUCCUACACCUAUGAGCUGAGGCCGUACCUGGAUCUCCUGCUGCAGAUCCUCCUGAUCGAGGACUCGUGGCAGACGCACAGGAUCCACAAUGUUUUGAAGGGCAUUCCUGAUGACCGAGACGGGCUCUUUGACACCAUCCAGCGCUCCAAGAACCACUAUCAGAAACGAGCUUAUCAGUGCAUCAAAUGCAUGGUGGCCCUCUUCAGCAGCUGCGCUGUGGCUCAUCAGAUCCUGCAGAGUAAUGGGGAUCUGAAGAGGAAGUGGACGUGGGCAGUGGAAUGGCUGGGUGAUGAGCUGGAGAGGAGGCCGUACACAGGAAACCCUCAGUACAGCUACAACAACUGGUCUCCUCCGGUUCAGAGCAACGAGACGUCCAACGGCUACUUCCUGGAGCGCUCUCACAGCGCACGCAUGACCCUGGCCAAGGCCUGCGAGCUCUGUCCAGAAGAGGAGCCAGACGAUCAGGAAGCACCUGAUGAGCACGACCCGUCUCCGCCCGAGGACACUGCGCUCUAUCCUCAUCCUCCAGGGACACAGUAUCAGCAGCCUAAUAACCAGCCUCACGCUCAGCCCUACACCGGCCCGGCCGCGCAGCACAUGAAUAACCCACAGAGACCCCCGCAGAGGCCUCAAGAGAGCUGGGACGGAGCCGACGAGGUCCCUCCAGUCCAGACGAAAGAGUAGCAGCCUUGUGACCACGUCCCGCUCGUGUCCAGGACCGCUCUCCUCUCAUAACCUCCUCUGUGCCACU